UCUCUGGGUGCGCGCAGGAAAAAUCACACGAAUCAUCCGAAAUGAUAGGCCAAACCUCACGAGGGAAUAGGGGAUUCUCACAGCCGACAAUUCCAAGUUGACGAAAAACCGUUGACAUAAAAAGUACCAUUCGCACGUCAUCAUGGCGCGGCGUCCGCGGCCGUCUCACAGUUCCCGCCAGAAUUUCCGCCAGAAUUUCCACCAGCGCUCACCUUCAGACAGCUACCCGUAUCGGUCAGCGGCGGCAUUCCGUCCCGUCGCUCUGCUACUCGUCCUCUUACCGCAUUCUCUCCUCUCCGCCGCCUUCCCUCUCAACCAUUCGACCUCGGGGAUUACCGGGGUGAACUGGCUGAUAAAUCGCCCGCAAUUUAGCGACGCGCGUGAAUGGUCGCACGUGUCGCACGUGUCGCGUGGUUCGCAUGGAGCGAACGAUCAGCCUCGCAUCAGCCUCCUUGAGGCAGCCCCUUCGCGGGAGACGCCACCGCUGCUCGCUGACAGCCAGCUGCGUGCGCUGCUGGACCUCAACGCCGCCUGGCACCUCUGGCCCACCAACUCCAACCGCUCACGCCGCUGCGACCAGUGGGACCACGUGCAGUGCAGCCGGCAGGGCUUCGUCACCGCCCUUGACUUGACUGAUCUCGCUAUCAAUGCCACCAUGCCUCUCACUCUCUUCUCUAACAUGCCUUACCUCAGACGCCUUGUGCUGGCAAGCAACAUUCUCUCCGGAUCCAUCACUGCCCUCUCUCUGCCCCCCUCCCUGCGCGUGCUGGACUUGUCUCGUACUGAGGUUUCUGGUUCUUUACCAUCCACCAUUCUCUCGCUCUCAGCUCUCGCACACCUAGACAUUUCUCGUACUUCCAUUGCUGGAAGCUUGCCAUCCACUCUCGCGCGUCUCUCUCGCCUCACAUACCUCAACAUCGGUGCAGAGAACAUCACUGGGCGAGUGGAGGACCUCUCAUGGCUCUCAAGCCUCACCAACCUGCACACUCUUGAGAUGGAUUUUAUGCUGGGUGUGAAUGGAGAUUUGUCAGCCCUCACCUUUCUCACCGCGCUUAAAGCCAUGCAAAGCCUCACCAUUUCGAAUGUCGUUUGGACCGGGGAGCUGCCUGCUUUGCUCGGCUCCCUCACCUCCCUCACCUAUCUGGAUUUGUCCGGUAUAUCAACCUCUCAGUUCCCUCGAUGGGUUAUGGAGCUGACAGCCUUGCAAUACCUCAAUGUAGUUCACAGAAGGGACUAUCGGAGUGGAGUCGUGCCGCAAGACCUGUCCCGCCUCUCCAAACUGCAGUACUUUGAUGCAUCGGGCAACGGACUCGUUGGUGCUCUCCCUGAAUACUGGACCUCUCUGAACCACCUCACCUAUUUGUCGCUUUCACAGAACAAGAUUGAGGGCUCCAUUCCAGCCACAUUCUCCGCCCUCACCUCAUUAAUCACGCUCGACCUGCAAUACAACAGGAUGGAUGGCACCAUCCCACCCGUCUUCUCCACUGCCCUCUGCAGCCUUGAUGUUGGAAUCAAUCACUUCUCUGGCCCCAUUCCUCCCUUCCUCGGCUCCCUCACUGGCCUCACGCGCCUGGACCUGUCAAACAACAAUUUCACAGGGGCUAUUCCUGAGUCUCUAACAAACCUCACAGGCUUCUCUCAACUGUUCCUCUCAAGCAACCAGCUGACGUCAGGGCUUGAGGUGGUCGAGAGGAUGACAUGGCUCGAUGCAUUGGACAUUUCCUUCAACAGCUUCUCGAGUGGUUUCCCCGACCUUUCAUCGCUGCCUUCUCUCAUGUUGCUGGCAGUUGCAGGCAACCAUUUACAAGGGCCGUUCCCUACUGUCCUGCUGAAGCUCACCAGUCUUAUGGCUCUGGAUAUCGGCCAGAACGAGCUCUAUGGGCCCAUUCCCAGCGAUUUAUCCAAGCUCAGCAAUCUGAUGCGCCUAGAUCUUAGUGAGAACGGCUUUUAUGGCGAGAACCCUCUCGGCCUCUUCUCCCUGAUGAACCUUGAUGACCUGAUUUUAAACAACAACCGUUUCAGUGGGCGUCUGCCAAGCACACUAGCAACAGCGUCCCUAGGCUUAUUGAACCUUCAAGGGAACGGGAUCUCGGGCCCUCUUCCUGAUUUUGCACAAUGGAACACCUCUGUACAGCGCUUGCUUCUAGGGGAUAAUAACCUUACAGGGACCAUACCGCAAUCAAUCAGCACACUGACGUCCCUCAACAUCAUAUCACUGGCCAACAACCAUCUAUCGGGACCCUUUCCUACGGCUCUUACCACCUUGACUGAUCUAGAGGCCAUAGACGUUGCAUUCAACAGCAUCGCAGGCUCCUUACCGGCUGGUCUUGGUGCCCUCGUCAAUCUUCGUACGCUGUCUGUGUCUGACAACCAGCUCACGGGGAGACUCCCUCCAUCCAUCUGCAACCUCACCGCUCUAGAAACCAUGCUUCUCCGCAACAACUACCUUUUUGGGAGUUUUCCUUCCUGCCUCUUCGAGAAUUGUUUGCACAGGAUUGACAUCAGCAACAACAGCUUCUACGGGCCCAUCAACACCAACUUCCGCAGCAUGAUUCCCGACAACUACGCUCUGCUCAACAUCGCAGGCAACUACUUCUACGGCGACCCCAUGCUCUACGCUGAUGGCUGUCAGUUCUGCCCCUCCGAGAUUGUCCAGCCCCUGGUGUUGAAAUCCGGCGACUUCGGCCGCUCUUCUGGUGGCCGCUGUGUACCUCAGACGAUCUCAAGAUUUGUUGAGGUGACACAAGCAGGGGCCAACAAGCGAGGCGCGGCGAGUCUGCGGCAGAACUGCUUCACGCUGAGCGCGCAGCUGGAGUGCACUGCGAAUGAGACGCAGCGCAGCAGCGACGCGUGCCUGGCAUUCUGCAGCAUGUCGCGGGAGCUGGGGCCGUGCGACGGGCACGGAGCGUGUGUGACACCGCAGCCGGGGGCAGCAGGGGCGGGGUUCACGUGUGAGUGUGACCACGGAUACGUCACUGCCAAUGGCGCCCUCGGCUCCACCUGCGCCCGCCCUUCCCCGCCCCCCCCUGCAGCACUCUCCACAGGCGCAGUGGUGGGCAUCGCUGUGGGCUCUGCUACCACCUUUGCUCUCCUCCUCGCUCUCAUAGUGGCGCUGCUCUGGCCCAAGCAACGCAGGAGGUGGAGCGGCCUGGACGUGUGUCGGGAGUUCAGCAUUGGGGAGAUUCUGCGGGCAACGGACAACUGGGCGGGUUCCAAUAUGGUGGGGAAGGGUGGCUUUGCCACGGUGUACAAGGGGGUAUCCAGCACGGGCGAGCUGUGGGCCGUCAAGCGCAGCAAGCUCAUGUCCAACGACUUCGAGACUGAGGUGCGGGCGAUGGCAUCGCUGCGGCACGAGCAUGUGGUGCGGUUGCUGGGCUUCUGCCUGCAUCAGAACGUGGAGAGCGGCCAGCAGGAGCAGAUCCUCGUGUACGAGUUCGUGGGCAAUGGGGACCUCAAGCACCACAUCCAUGACUCCAAGACCCCCCUGUCCCUGCAGCAGCGGGUGCAGCUGGCGGUGGGCGCAGCGGAGGGAGUGGCCUAUUUGCACAGCUUCGCGACGCCCAUCGUGCACCGCGACCUCAAGCCCGGCAACAUCCUCGUGGGGGAGCACAACCAGGCCAAGAUUGCCGACUUUGGGCUGCUCAAGCUGCUCAGCCAUGCAGACGGCGGCGACGACCGCACUCGAGUGGCCGGCACCCCAGGCUACGUGGACCCUGAUUACAACCGAACGAAUCUGGUCUCGGAAAAGAGCGAUGUCUACAGCUUUGGCGUGGUGCUGCUUGAGCUGCUGACAAAGCAGAAGCCAGCAGUGGAGGGCACAGACACCCAUAUCAGCGACUGGGCUGCUAAGAAGGUGCAGGGGUACGAGCUGGGCGCGCUGAAGGACGCGAGUCUGGAGGCGCCGGACGAGGCGGUGGUGGAGCUGGCAGACAUCGCUCUCGACUGCCUCAAGAUGCCCGCCUCCCGCCGCCCCCACAUGAAGGACGUCGCGCGCCGCCUGCACCACCUCCUCCAGCUCCACUGCGCCGCCCACAGCCACUCCUCCCUGGCCGAGCCCAGCUUGCGCAAGGAGGGGAGGAGGCCUGCGGGUGGCGAGGGCAGCAGCAGGGACAGGGACACGUUUGGGAGGAGCGGGUUGUCCGGGGGAACAAGUGUAGAAUUGUCUGCUUCCAGGAGCCUUGUGCAUUCGCUGUCAGAGAAGUGGCAGAUGAUUCAAUAGGGCCCUUCUAAGGACCCACUUCAGAUUUAGUGACAGACACAUUAAAUUUCGAGUGUGGCUCUUUGAAACUUGACAUGUUAGUGUCCGAGGGCCACCACCUCAUCAAAUCCUGCUCUAAGUGAUACUGUUGUCAGA